AUGUUCGAGCGUCGCGCAGCUGACCGCUAUCAUCUCCGGAUGCACCGUGCCCGGACGGUCGCUCUCACAUCGGACGAGAUUGUCGAAGUACGAGCCGCGCAACGGACUUUUGAAGGCGCCUAUGUCCGGACAGCACUGUCACAAUUCUCAUUUGCCCUUGUUGUCCUCAAGAUCUUCACCAGCGAAUUCUACAGCACCGGGGCUCUCUUCGCUAUCUACGGGACGGGUGUACUCGUUAUCGGUCUUUUCCGUCGUCAGCAGGGAAACCGUCAGUUCUUUUCCGAAGUCGGAGAAGACGGAGUUCAACGCCACAAAUUCAAGACGAGUGGGAAUGCGGUGCUGGUCCUUACAGCUUUGAGUGUGGCUGCGUAUGCGACCCUCAUCGCGCUGACUGUGCGGCUGGGUCGAUAA